CGCUCGCUGACCAGGUUGGGGAGAGCUGGAGCGACCUCGACGGCCCUGCCGCACAUGCAUGGUGUUCGUUCGUUUCUUCGGUUUUCUGGCUUCUCCGAUCCCGUCGCGGCGUUCCGUCCAUCGAUCCGUCGCGUCCCCCGUCCGGAUCGUAUAUGUGACUGAUUGAUGGCGGCGACGACGAGGGUGCUCGGAUCCAAAUCGCCAGACUGCUUCCAGUACCGAGACCCUAAUUCCUGGAUUUGCUUGACUGAGCUUGCAAGCGAUGUGGUCGUCGAGGUAGGAGAAGUGUCUUUCAAUCUCCACAAGUUCCCGCUGAUCAACCGCAGCAGCACGCUGCAGAAGCUCAUCACCGAGUCCUCCUCCACCGCCACCACAACCUCCGACGACGGCAAGCCGUGCACCUUGCACCUCGACGACCUCCCGGGCGGCCCGAUCGCCUUCGAGCUCGCGGCCAAGUUCUGCUAUGACGUCCGGUUCGAGCUCAACGCCGCCAACGUCGUCCCUCUGCGCUGCGCCGCCGAGCACCUCGGCAUGGCCGGCGAGGGAAACCUCGUCGACCACGCGGAGUCCUACUUCCACCGCGACGUGCUGAGCAGCUGGGACGCCACGGUACGCGCGCUGCAGGCCUGCGACGGCGCCGACGGCGAGGUGCUCCCGCUCGCCGAGGACCUCCUCCUCGUGCCCCGGUGCAUCGAGUCGCUGGCGAGCAAGGCGUGCACUGACCCGACCCUCUUCGGCUGGCCCAUGGUCGAGAACUACACCGCGAGGAGUAGCGUCGACGGGGCCGCGGCGCCGCCGGUGAUGUGGAACGGGAUCAGCACCUCCGGGAAGCCCCGGUCGCCGGGCGCCGGGUGGUGGUACAGGCAGGCGUCGUCGCUGCGGCUGCCGGUGUACAAGCGGCUCAUCUCGGAGAUGCGGUCCAGGGGCAUGAGCCCCGAGGGCAUCGCCGGCUCGCUCACGCACUACGCCAGGCGGCACCUUUCCGGGCUGAACCGGCGCGACGCAGUCAGCGGCGACGCGUCGGACACGGCGGCCGCGCCCUCGGACGACGUCGUCGGCGAGCAGCGGGUACUCCUGGAGGAGAUCGUGGCGCUGCUCCCCGCCGAGAAGGGCGUAACCGCGACGAGGUUCCUGCUCGGCAUGCUCCGCACGGCGACGGUCCUGCACGCUGGCCCGGCGUGCCGGGACGUGCUGGAGGCGCGCGCCGGCGAGCAGCUGGAGGAGGCGACGCUGGAGGACCUCCUGAUCCCCAACACCGGGUACUCCUCGGAGACGCUCUACGACGUGGACUGCGUGCUGCGGAUGCUGGAGCAGUUCCUGCUGUCGAACACGACGGCGUACGGCGCCGACGGCCGCUCGCCGGAGAUCACGGCGGACGAGGUCCCUUCCGGCGAGCUCAUGCCUGCCAGCACCGUGGCCAGGCUCGUCGACGGGUACCUCGCCGAGGUCGGCACGGACGCCAGCCUCAAGUCCACCAAGUUCCAGCAGAUCGCCGCGCUCGUCCCGGACUACGCCCGCUCCCUCGACGACGGCCUCUACCGCGCCAUCGACAUCUUCCUCAAGGCGCACCCGUGGCUGACGGAGUCGGAGAAGGAGCAGCUGUGCCGGCUGAUGAACUGCCAGAAGCUGUCGCUGGAGGCGUGCACGCACGCGGCGCAGAACGAGCGGCUGCCGCUGCGGGUGGUGGUGCAGGUGCUCUUCUUCGAGCAGCUGCGGCUGCGCACCACGAUGGCCCGCUGGUUCUUCGUCGCCGACAACAAUGCCGUCGUCGACCAGGGCUCCCCAAGCUCCCGCCAGAAGAGCUGCGACGAGCUCGACUUCACUGCGGCGUCGGAAGACAAUAACUACGAUGACGACGAGGUCCUGGUGUACACGCCCGGUAACAGCGAUCAGCAGGAGUCGGCGAUGAGCGUGGAGGAAAUCAGGCAGAGGGUGGUCGAGCUGGAGGACGAGUGCUCCGGCAUGCGGCAGGAGAUGCACCGGCUCGGGAAGCCCAAGGGCGCGCUGGGCAGGCUGUUCAGGAAGCUCGGGAUCGGCGGCGGCGGCAGGCCGUCGCAGCAGCAGCCGCGGCUGCCGAGCUCCGGCGCCGAGAAACGCAGCAGGUUCUUGGAUUUGGGGUGUUGAUUUUGUAAGAUACUUUUAUGUAGUUCGAUCGCAUGUUGUUUUCAAAUUGUAGUAGUAGAUAUAGGUAGUAAUUGGUUCGAUUUUUUUGGGCAGAAAUAAGAAUUUUAGAGCAUGCAUAUUCUUCUUUUCUUUAACAGUUGAACUUCCUCUAGUUUACUGUUUUAGUGUUUUGGAUGGAAGCAGAUACUAUAUAAUAUGCUGAAUCCGAACA